AUGGAGCAGCCGGCUGGCCACGCGACCAAGCGACGGCGGCUCGGAACGGAGUGGGCCGUGGCGGUGGAGCGGCCGCGCGGCACGGAGCGGAUGGGGGAUGCGGCCGCACGCGUACGGUGUUCCCCGGCCCUGCGAAGACGCCUGGCUCCCCACCGCGCCGCUCUCCGCCACAGGCUGGCAGAGAGCAACGACGCGCACAGCUUCCUCGUGGAAGUGGCCGACGUGCUCAGUAAGACGACGACAGGCGGCGGUGGAGGAAUUGGAGGAGUGCGGAGCGGAGGAGUGCCGCCGCGCGGGGGCGGGUUCUACAGCCGGGUGGUGGCCGAGAUCGACGCCGUCGGGUGGUCCAAGCUGGUCUCGGCCAACGACUCCCUCACCCGCCUCUCCCUCCGCACCACGGACGAGGCCGGGCGAGAGCACAGGCUCGAGGUCGAACUGAUGCCCGACCACCCGCGCACGGCGCCCGUGUGCACCACGGACCUGCCCCAGGCGCUGGCCCUCCGAUGGGACCCGGCCCAGCCGUCGACCCUGGCCGACGUGGUGCGGCAGUUCGAGGAGGCCCUGCGGGGCUACCAGGCCUUGUGGGCCGUGCUGGAGGACAUCGACCGCCACACGUGGGUGCUCGAGCCCGAGCGGCCCACCCUCGCCACCUCCAUCCGUCGCAUUGCCCUCGGCAAUCACUGUUCGUUGCAGGUGGUGAUCGACGCUGCGGCGCCAGCGUCGGUGCCCCAGUGCCGAUUUCUGGGCAGCGAGACACGCGUGGCGGCCCUCCGCGAGAACCUCAACGCUAACCUCGACCUCUGGGACGAGGGCCAGGCGUUGCACGUGAAUUUGGGGCGCGUGUUGGGGUGCGAGCUGCCGGGCAAGGAGGCGGCGGCGACGGGGGACAGGGCGAGCAUCGGAUGCGGAAUCUGCUACGCGCUUCGGUUCAAGGGCGACAUCCCGACCGUGCUUUGUUCGCUCGCCUCGUGCAACAAGGCCUUUCAUGAGGCGUGUCUGGUGGAGUGGUUGCGGGUGCUGCCAUCGACGCGCCAGUCUUUCGGGACCCUGUUCGGGACGUGCCCAUACUGCUCCACGCAGAUCGUCGUCAAGACACGCUCAUGA